GCUCCAAAUCCUGCACCGCACUUUGACGAGGCUGCAUGUCGCCAGUUUGUAGACAGCCAUCGGCAAGCUGACCAGCCUCGGCGCAUCGUCCUCAUCACCUCGGGAGGCACGACAGUCCCGCUAGAACGCUCCAAUGUCCGCUUCAUUGACAAUUUUUCUGCUGGAACACGAGGCUCGACCUCUGCCGAGUAUUUCAUGAAGCAUGGCUAUGCAGUCAUCUUCCUGCAUCGUCAAUUCUCGCUGCAACCGUUUUCCCGCAAAUUCACACACUCCAAGCAGUCCCUGCUGUCGCGUCUCAGCUUGAAUAGAGAGUCUGGUAGGGUAGAGAUUGCGGAUGAACAUUUCCACAAACAGCUCGCAGGCGUCAUGGCGGACUAUGAAGAGUGUGUGGUGCAGAAAAAUCUGCUUCACACCGUGCACUUUACGACCAUCGGCGAGUACCUAUAUCUACUCCGUACCAUGGCACUUUUAUUGAAACCACACGGAGUACAGGUUCUGUUCUACCUUGCAGCAGCAGUAAGCGAUUUUGUUGUGCCAGAAGCUCAACUCCCGCACCACAAGAUUCAGAGCAGCGGCUCGGGACAAAUGACGCUGCACUUGGCAAAAGCGCCCAAGGUACUGCAAGCGCUUGUAGAGCAUGCUUGGGCACCGCGUGCAUUCAUUUGUAGCUUCAAGCUGGAAACAGACGAAGCGCUGCUCAUUCCAAAAGCUAAGGCAGCAUUACGAACGUAUGGUCAUCAGUGUGUGGUUGCGAAUAUCCUCGAUCGCCGUAGUUGGCAAGUGGUGCUUGUGACGGAUGGCGAAGCAGAUAAAGCAAUUGAGCCAGGUCGAGAGACAAGUGAAGACUGGCUUGAGCUCAAUGAAGCUCAACGUGCGGCCAAUGUUGAGAUUGAAGAGGCACUCGUUGCCAAGAUUGUCAUGAGACAUACACGCUGGAUU